AUUAUUUAACAGUAUUGGCCAGGUGACUGAUUGAACGAAUAGAUUCUAGUUAAAUUUUUUUUAUUUGUAAAUGAAAAAAUAAAUUAAAAGUUUUGAAUAAUCAUAUAUACAUAAAUAAUGGCAUUUCUUAUCCGAAAUUGAUUUGUAACUGAAAUUAAAAAAAUGAAAACGUUUGAAAUUCAUCAAGAGGCAAUAAAAAAAGAACUGAAUGAUAUCAUAAGCGAAAUUGAAAAAAAUGGAGAUUUGUACUACACUACUUUUUUAAAAAAAGAGGAUAAAACUUCACAAGAGUUCACAAAAUAUUUUGAUUUCUUACCCGAGGAGAAUACUUGGGAAAAUAGAGAAAUAAUAUUUCUUUGGAACGACUUAAAUAUUGAAAAGCAGCAUAAAAAUGAAAAUCAUAAAUAUUUAAAGAGCUUUGAAUCAAGUGACAUUAAUGUUAAUGAUGAUGAUGGUUUAGUUCAUAAACAAGUUGACCUGGAAAAAAUAUUUAAGCCAGCUACAGAUUCUGGAGAAGUAACACCAUCAAAAAGUAGAAAAAUGUAUGCUAGUAGUAGUUUUUAUGGACCAAAUCAUCCAACUGUUGAACAACAGUUUCAAUUAGCUCGCCGAAUAUCCAGUUCAUUGAGUGACAUAAGUAACCAAAAAAGUAAAGGGCAGUCAAUGUUUGUGAACAGAAAAAAGCGAUCGGUAAAAUGGGUGCAUGAAGGAGAAGGAAGAGGACCUAUUCCAUCAAAUUUCCCUCAUUCUAUGAACAGUCGGGAUUAUGAAUCAUCCGAAAAAAGUGAUUCUAAACAAAUACUCAAGCUUGUUAUGGAUCCCCGUGGUCAAGUUCAAGAUUUACAAACAUUACAAAAACUUGGUGAAAAUAUUGAACCUUGCUUAAGCCCAGAAGUAUGUUUUGAUCUAGUCAGAGAUUUAAAUGCCACUAAAGGAAAAGGGGCUGCAUUGUUUGCUAAAAGACGCAAGAGAUCUGAAAAUUGGGUAGUAGAUGAAACGAACGUAAAAUCUGCUUCAUCAUCAAUACCUGAGACAAUCUUAAAUAAACUGAAUCAUAGUACAAAUUCUAAUAAUGAAUUUGAUAUCAACAGAGUUGAAAAUGUUAAAAAAAUGAAUGAAAUACAACAAAGGUUUACAAAACCUCGUUUAAGGCUUAUCAAAUCUCCAUGGGAAGCUGCUUUAGAAACGGGGUGUGUUGAUUCUGCUUUUCAAGAAGUACCACCUAUGUUUUCUCCUAGAGGAUACGUUGUUGCUCCAACAUCAGGAGCUUUAGAAGCUUUAAAAGAAGGAGGGAGGACUUCAAGAACUACUUGUUCUACUCCUACAAGAAUAUAUACUCCUAAGUGUCAGGAUGUUUAUACACCCAAAAUUCCAAGAGGUUGGAAUACUCAAUGUAAUCUUCAGCAACCUUCAACAUAUGGGUCAGUUAAGUUGGAUCAAAUAUUUCGUGGUUCAGCAAAUUCCCCCGUUACUUUAUUAAAUAAAUCUUCUAUUAGUACUACUGGUUUGACACCUAAAAUAUCACAAAAUCUUGCAAGUACAACUUUUACUAUAAACAGAGAUAAUUCUUUAACAUUAACUCCAGUGCCCAAGCCAUUAGUUUUAAAUACAAACUACUUUUCUGAACCUAAAUUCCAUAAAAUUGAAUUUACACCUAGGUCAACUCCAGGAGUUGAAAAAAAAAAUGAAAUGGUCAACACAACACUUGAAGAUAAUUUUGUAAUCGAAUCCUCAAUAAAUGAUAUUAAACCUGAUAAAAAUACAGUAGAAUUAAAAAUUGAAAGUAGUGUAAAACCAAAAGGAAAUUAUGAAGUAUUUGUACCUAAAGUUAGCAAAACAUACAUGGAUUUUGUACCAAAUGUUAACAUAUAUACUGAGUCAAAUAAAGAAGAAACGAAGUUGUCAUUUUGUUCAUCAAAUAAUUUCAAGAAAAAUGCCAAGAAAAAUAUAUCAGAAGAAAUUAUUCAGGAACGAUCGCUCCCUGUUAAAACAUUAAUUGAUACCUUUGAACAUAAUAAUAAACCUAUUAUGCGUUAUCUGCAACCUGAAGAAAGUAUACCUUUGAGUGAUGAAAUUAAACAUUUACACGAUGAUCAUUUAAAAUCAGUUACUUUGCAAAAUAACUCAAAUCAAGUAACAAAAGACUAUUAUGUAACAAAUACAUCAGUUGAAUUAAGAAAUUUUUCAAGUUGUAAAGAAAACUGUGGGAAUAGUAGUAAUUAUGUUGAAUAUACUAAAGAAAUUGAUACUGCAUAUAAAGAAAAAUUAGAUUAUACGCAAAAAGAAGAUUGUACUAAUAAAUCUGAAAACACGGACAAAUCAGAAUUCGGAGAUAGUGUUUCAAUGUCUUUUGAUUUAAGAAAUGAUUUAAGAUUUCAAACCAUCAGACAGUUGGCGACACCUGACAGUUUAGAAUCUAGCAUGUUAUUUGCCCAGAAUCAAAAUUUAAUUGAGAAUCAUCAAUAUGAAUGUAAUAUGAAUAAAUACAAAGUGACAUGUAAACUAGAAGAUGAAGCCAUGUUUCAAACACCGCAGUAUCAAGAGCAGUCGACAUCCUAUCAAAAAUCACAAAAUUCUCAUUACAAAUUACUAUCGUACAAUGACUAUUUAUCAUUAAAUAAUUACAACACUGUUCCCAGGGGCUGGAAGAAAGGAAGUUCUGACUACUAUAAAUCUGUAAAAUUUGAAGAUGGAACUCACAAAAAACAAUUGUUUUAUCACAAUGACCAAAGAGAGAACUUUACUGAUUUUUAAUCAAAAACUUAAAAAUACACAAAAGUAAUUUUAUAACUAACUAUUAGUUAAAAUUAAAAUAUGGUAACAUAUUUAUACUUUGUUAUAACACGAAACGACUUAAUUUAAAAAUCCUUAUCUGUCGACUUUGUCAAUAACAUUUGUGUAUUGUUUUAUUAAUACAUUAAGGUUCUAUUAUUUUUAUAAAACAAAUUUCUGGUUGUGUAAUAUUAAAUAAACGAUUAUUAAUGAACAAUGAAUCUUAAAAAUACACUCAUAUCUGAUAUCAAUA